AUGAAGUCUGGUAGAGCGAAAUUAUAUUCAUGGCAAUGUUAUUGUUGGUGGUUUCUUAAUCGUAUAUGGCUAUUGAAUUCAUCAAAUCUCAAUGCUUUAUUAGGUACACCCUUCUAUAACUUUUAUUUACGUCUCUGUGGUGGAAAAGUUGGCAAACAAGUCCAUGUCUACACGAUUUCCAUGGAUACACUAGAUUUGUUAGAAAUAACUGAUUAUACAUUUAUUGAAGCAUAUGUUCAACUAAAUAGUUUCUCUUAUCAAGACAUGACAUAUCAACUUGAUCCCAUUAAAAUAGGUGCUAAUUGCACGACAGGUAUUCGUACAGUUGUGCAUCAGGGUGUCAACAUAAAAGAUAAUGUAUUAGUAGAAUCAAUGUCGUGUGUUACCGGUGAUAUUACAGUGACCAGUGUUGUAGAUACAAAACAAGUUUAUGGAAUAAAGCGUUUGUUGAGUGACGACUCUACAAAUAUAAGCUUGCGCUUGAACUUUUUACAAAUUUUGUAUCAGUUUGUAUAUAUAUUGAUAAUUAGUGUGAUAAACAAUACCGGUCUCGUCACGGCUUGUUUAGUUUAUUCAAGUCAAAUAUUUCCAGUGUCAAUGUCAAUGAAAUCAUAUUUAAUCUGCAUUAGUAUUCCAGUAUUUUGGGUCUUUUGGUUAGUUAUUAAUAUUGUUAUAGCAUUGUUUGUACUAGUUUAUAUUAUUGGCAAAGUCGAACCGGGCAAUUAUCCGAUAAAUUCAUGGUAUGAUAUACAUAAGUUAUGGUUUCGCCAAUUAAUUGUCUGUAAUUUUGAUUAUUCAUUCCACCUAUUUUUUAUCUAUAGUCCUUGUUUUCCUAUUUUUCUAAGAUGGAUGGGUGCCAGAGUUGGAAAUAAUGUAAAGAUUGCUCAAUUUCAUCGAUUGUUGCACGCACCUUCUAAUUUAUUAAUUAUUAACGAUCAAGUUACAACGAACUGUGAAUGCAUGCUGGUUCCUCAUCAAGUUAUAGAUGGACGAUGUAUUGUUGACAAAAUAACGGUUGGUACUGGUGCUAUGUUAACUAAUUAUGUAACAAUACAUGGGGGUGGAACAUUUGUGCCAAAUUACUCAAUCAUCGGCAGUAUGACAUGUUAUUUACCAAAUAAAACAUUUAAAGAUUAUGAUGUUAUUAGGUAUACCAGCACGCGAAAACCACGACAUCGUAGCGAAAAAUCUCGUCUGAAUUCCAACAAGAAAGCAUCGAAACGUCAUCGAAAAACUGAUUUUAAAUACGAACUUGUUAAACCAAUUGAUCCGCAAUUUCAUCCAACACAAGUUCGACGCAUUCUCCAUACCGAACACUAUCGUCAAUUAAAUGGUCCACCACAAACAUCUCCACAUCCACAAGAUUUGCCUAAACCUCUAGAACUGCCUGAUCAGCAGCAACAUUGUCCUCAUCGGAAACUUCGUUUACAACCUGGAAAUACCAUCGAUAAACUACAUAAAAUUGAACCGGAACCAAUUAAGGAUGAACUUAGUUUGAAUAAACGUUGCUCAAAUGUGUGA